CUGCCCCGCUGCUUCCUCAUUGACCGCGCUGUCUGUGCCUAGUGGCGGCGGCUCUGGAGGAUCUCACCCCGCCGAUAGAAGCACUCUGCCCAACUUGGAGUCCGUGUGGAUAGUCUGUGUUCGCUGGUCCGCAGUGGAGGGUGCACACCGGGGGGUUUGGGUGGAGUUGUUGCCGGAUCUGAGGAAUUUGACACAUUUCUCCGGGGAGAGCGAUUCCCGUUGGUACAAAGAGAGGAAAGGAGACAAGCUCUGCAGCCAAGUUUUAGGAGGUUCAAAUUCCUCCUCCCUUAUCUCUUUCUACCCCACCCCUCUCUCCAAUCAUGGCACACCGAUCCCAAUGUUCAUCGAUUGGGGAAAACCCCCUCGACCCAAAUUUCCUGCCCCCACAUUACCGUGAGGAGUAUCGCCUGGCUAUUGAUGCUUUGAUAGAAAAUGACAUACAGGGUUACGAUGAGUACCUCCAGUCUGUGGAUGUGGUUGGCUUCUUGGCACAGCAGGAAAUUGAUCUGAUCAAGUCCACGAUCCAUACGCCGAACCAGACCUCCAGCGUGCCAGAGCUGACGUACCAUGAGGGAGGUCUGGAUGAAGACGGCUCCUCCGACACCUACUGGCCGAUGCAGUCCGACCUGGCCGCCCCGGGGCUGGAUCUGGGUUGGCCGCUGCCACAGCAGAGCUUCAUGGGACCCACAGAGGUCACCACUCUAGUGAACCCCUCCGACCCAGACAUGCCAAGCAUCAAGGAACAGGCCAGAAGGCUCAUCAAGAAUGCACGCCAAGUUAUUGCUAUUGUGAUGGACACGUUCACAGAUGUUGACCUUUUUGCGGACCUCUUGGAUGCAACAGCACGCCACGUUCCAGUUUACCUUCUACUGGAUGAGCAGGAAUCCCAUAACUUUGUCUCUAUGGUCCUCAACUGCAAAGUCAACUUGGAUCACCAUCCUAUGUUGCGCAUUAGGACGGUGGCAGGUAUAACCUAUUAUUCCCGCACGGGGAAAUCAUUUAAAGGGCAGGUGAAGGAUCGUUUCCUUUUGGCUGACUGCAGAGCUGUACUGAGUGGCAACUACAGUUUCAUGUGGUCCUAUGAGAAGAUCCACCGCUGCAUUGCGCACCUCUUCCUCGGGGAACUGGUGACCACCUUCGAUGAAGAGUUCCGAAUUCUCUUCGCUCAGUCGCAGCCGCUGGUCAUUGACCCAUUCAAUGGAGCACUUGCUCUUUCUGACAGCAGCACCACAAGCAGUUACUUAGGAAACCAGUUUGGUUUGAAGAGGACCCAGUCUCUGCGAAACCCCAUUGGUUACCGCAGGCAGCCUGAGAUUCCCCCUGCCUUUCCCUAUGGAGACUCUGAUCGUAACGUCGCACUUCCUUUCCGAAGGACCGAUCCAUUUCGUCACACCGUUGAACCUGGGGCAGGAAUAACAAUUGGAAAGUAUUCCCAUCAACAGUUUCGUCUGCAGCAUUCGUUCCUGGAGCAGGGAAGGUCCAUAGUUUCCAGGCAGAUGGAUAUGAGUAGUAGUGGCUUCCAGAGGCACAGCUAUGCUGAAGGAACCCAGGAGAACUACACAUCUUCAAGGCACUACAUGAAGUCCAGGGUCAUGAAUAAUCUGGAUGAGACAGACUUCCACAGGGAGCACACCCAAAGUAGCCAUUACUACAAUGAAGGGCCUGGGUCGGGCUCUGGUCAUGGUCAGUACGACAGACUUCGGGGUCCAUCUCCACAACUCUCCAUUGACCAGCAUUCAAAUUCAAGCUAUCGCUCGGAUAGGGAGCAACAAGCUGGAAACUACGGCAGGGAGUACUUUUCAUCUGAUGAUUUGAGAGGACUUGAGGGCCACCAGGCCCCGCCAGUAGCUGGGAGGUAUACAGGAGAUUCAGGCAAUAGGAGGCCAACAGUAGGUCAUGCAUAUGCCUGCCAGAGCUCACCCACACAGCCCCACCCACCAGAGAAGAAACCUUAUGCCAAACAAUCUGAACUAGAGUCUGGAGAAGAUGCAGAUGCCAAGCAAGGCAUGAGGAGUUGGAGAAUCCACUCCUAUCUUAACACCUAUGAGGAUGGUGGCGAAGAAGGUCUGACACAACCUUUGGGUCCUGAUGCAUUUGAAGAUCCUCCCCCUCAGAAAUCAACUGCUGAUGACAAUCUAACGUCCCGCUUUGGACUAAAGGAACCACCAAAUGUUCCUCCCAAACCCAAAGCAGAAUUCACAAGACCACGCUACGGAAAGCCCAUCAUGCCCGAUAGCAACAGCAAAGACUCCUCCCUGACAACAACUAAGGAUCUGCUUUCAUCUAGCAGGGACCUAAAGGAAAAAGGGAGGGAGGGUGAGAAGGAAACAGAGAGAGGUUCAGCAAGGGAGGUUGGUGUGGAGGGGAAAGAGGCUCCUGAUCGCUUCUUGUCCAAACAUGAAUCAUUCCACACACGUAUCAACCCACUACUUCAACGUAGCUCUCGUCUGCGUUCUUCUCUCAUUUUUUCCUCUUCAAAGGCAGAGAUGCAUAGUGGAAGCCUUGGCCUCAAAACAGCCACAGAGGAAGACGAGGAGCUGGACUCAGGGCGCACUUCCUCGAUUGUGGCCCAGAUCCUAGAGAAGAGGAGGUCAUUGUCUCGUGAGCCUUUUGAGUGGAGAAAGAAGGCUGAGGAGAGAGAGAAGGAGAAAGAAAAUAAGGAGAAAGAAAGGGAGGAGAAAGAAAAAGAGGAUUACGAGCAUCUGCAAAAAGUAAAGGAGAUUCGAUUGAAAUAUGAGACUAAAGCAAAAGAGGAACCUCAGAAAAACAACGAAGAAGUAAAGACAACACCAACAGUCGAGACAUUUGAAGUCUCAUCCUCAUCAUCUAUGAACAUGAAUGACCCAGCCAGUCGACUGCAGUAUUUCAAAGAACUGGCUGCCAAGAGAAAAGCAUCAAAAAUGGAGACAGAGUUGGCAGUUAAUGCCCCACAGCCUGCUGAAAAAAAGCCAGACCUUUCUGAUAAACCUCACCUAAAACCUCCAAUAACUCCGAAGAUCCCAACUGUCUCUUUAAGUUCAGCAGAACCUGAACCAAAGAAAACAGACAUUUCUGCAAAGAUAGCAGAGCUCACUCGCAGAACUUCAUUCAGUUCUGUAAAACCACCCAUAUUGAAACCUUCUGCAAACCUCCUGAAGUCUUCAGAGACAACUCAGAAAGAUGAUAAUGCGUCAGAUGGUCAAAAGAAGGAUAUCUUCAAGAAGCCAUUUCCUUCACCUAAUAUCUUCCGGAGAGAUCAGUUGAAGCUCAAAGGACUUAAUCCUCGUCGCAUCUCCUGUGGUGAAGAUAUUCUGACCACAGAUGCUACAGAUGCAGAGAAGAGUGAAAUGAAAAAGAGUCGCUCUCAAAGCUCUUCUACUCUGUCACACGCUGAUUCCAGAGAAGGAUUGCAAAAAGUGAUGGGAUCUACUACAUCCAUCAACACUCUUGGUGAUGGAAAGGGUGAUGGUAAGACACUUGACUUCUUGAAGAAGCAGACUCAGAGGCUAAAGGGAUUCCUGGGGCCCAAGGAUAAAGAAAAGAAAUCUUCAGGAGAUGAAAGGAGCAUGAGCACGGUGAAGGAGAUCACUGAAGAAUUCAACAAAAAGCAGAGCUCAUUGGUUAAAGAUAAAGUAUCAACCAUGACCGAACAAACUACAACCAAUCACAAGACAUCCACCAGCACAUCGGGCCCAUCUCGAUACCAGUCCCCCAGCAGCUCUGUUCUGUUCAGCAGUAACCUACGCGACGACACUAAAGUCAUCCUGGAGCAGAUCUCAGCCAACAGCCAGAAGAACCGACUGGAGCGAGAGGAAACAGGAGGCGACGAGGACAAUGACAGUGGGGGGAAGGCACUGGAGAGACAGAACUCCAUAAAAAAGAGCCGAUUUCUGCGUCCGGCGAGCAACGUCCAGGAGCGAGAGGGAUUACUCAAGAGGAUAGAGAGUAUGAGGAAGGAGAAGAAGGUCUACAGCCGCUUUGAGAUGGGGAAUAGCCUGGGAUAACGAAAGACGGAGGAAUCACCUUUUAUAUGGAAACUAUUUAUGCACGAUGAUCAAAAAGACGCUUUGCUCAUAUGUGCCAACGACUCUAUCAAAGUACCUCUUUGGCUCAACACUGCCGCCUUUCCUGGAUUUUAAUACAACGUAAUAACACUUGAAAAGACACUAUAUCAAAAUGCUGAAAACAAACUUAAGUCAUUGGGUUUGGAAUGUGCCUUUGUGCCAAGACCUGGUACUACUUUGACCUUAUAUGGUGACUGAGAGAAAGAAGAGAGACUCUACUCGCAUUGUGGCCUCCAAGGGCUUAAUGUUUCACCCAACAGAAAAAAGGUAGGGUAAUUAACCUACAACUGAACUUGUAUCAACGUGAUUUAGGGAGUACGAGAGGAAUAUAGAACAAUUUGCACCUGAGGGUUGAUUUAAAAAAAGGAAUCUGUGUCAGAACAUGGCGGUAUAUCACUCCAUGUGUACUAUGCUGUAGCAGCGCUGUGUGUUUCUACAAGUGUCUGUGCAGCUGGGACAUGUCUGAAACUGAAUUGGAGAAAGCAUCCUUGUGGAUUCACUGUGUGCCAAUGGGCAUUACCGAAGUUAGGAUUAUAUUAUUAAUCCCUGACCAGGAACAACAGUGGGAAAGUGAAGAGGAAUGAAAAUGAGAUGAAUUGAUGAAAGGUGAAAUCGGAGGUAAUAGAGAAAGCAGAAGCAAUCCAAAUGAAUGUUUGUUUGUAAUAACUAUUCUAACAUUGAGGCAGAGUUUAGAUAGAAAAUAAAGCCUGUGUUGAACUUUACCCUUGCAACAGGCUGGUAUGUAUCUUUCUAUUAAGGCGUGGACUUGCGUUGCAGGGUUAAACAUGACAGAUAGCCAUUCAGAGGCCAACACGCCUUCAUCGUUGGGCAAGUGGAGUUCAAAAAUAUAAGUGUACUAUUCUUGGUCUAACGUAAGGUAAAUACAAGUUGUAAGCCCUUGCAGUUGCCCUGAACGACUGUAAAAACACAUGCCUCACAUCAGUGCCCUGUUUCUCUAUCAUUUAACUUUUGAAUUAGUCACCACCUAUAAAGCAAAGAGAGGAGGAACUAGCUACACUUUGCAGUACUGGAGCAGGGCCAUGCCUCCUUAUGCAAGUCAUUUAACUUCAGAGACCUACGCCCUACGCAGGACUGCCGACUCCUUUGUUGGUCUGUAAACACGAGUACACCAAAGAUCUAGUUAUAUGGUACAAUUCCCAGACCGCUGAGGACAGGUCAUGUGUUAAUGUAUCAAAAGCAGUGAUUGAUUUAUGGGUAAUUCAGGGGUUACACUGUUUUUUUUAUGAGGGAUCAUACUGUACAUAUUUAUAUUAAAAAAAAGAGCGUGUCGAUAAUCUGAAUAACAAAUGAGAUACUGAUCACGCUUGAUCCAUCAAAGUGCCUUCUGUUAGUUUUUUAUUAAUAUGUAAGUAUGUGGUCUUGGCUGUAAAUACUAGUUAGCGUUAAGUUGGGGGGAUCAGUUGUGGACACAGUGAUGUGUUGUUGAUUAAAAACGAAACAACCUGAGAUAGUAUUACAUUGUAAUUGAAAUACUGUUCAAAAGUAUUUUAUUAAAACUCUUUAAAACUGAAA